AACCCGGGAAGGAAAACCAGUAGCAUCAGCAGCAGCAGCCGCCGCCACAGCAGUAGCAGUAGCGGCAGUGGCAGCAUUUAGCAAUAGCUUUACCAGCGACAGCGACGGUAGCAGCCGCCCUCCUUCUCUCUCCCUCUCGCGGACAGCGGCAGCCACCGCACAGAGCUAGCCGGCUGUAGGCGCCGCGCGAGCAGCCCGCUCGCGAGGUAGCCCCGGCCCGAGCGAGCGGCGGUGCAGGCGAAGCGCGGAGCCCGGGAGCACUUGGACAUCCACCGAGGCUCUGAGUUUCAGGGCCAGAGCCGACAGCUCUGACUCCAUCUGGAGCUGCGGCGGCGGCGGCGCCUGAGGGAGAGCGAGGGAGAGAGGCGCGUCCACCUGGCGGGCCCGGCGCAUGGAGCUGAGGCAGAGGCGGCGGCGGCGGCGGUAGCAGUAGCGGCAGCGGCAGCUUGAACAGCUGCGGCGACGGCGGCAGCGCAGCCUUGACUGUGGCCGCGCUAGCUCCAGCGCCUUGCUGCCUGAGCCCGCCAGCGACGUGCGCUUCGGGAGUCGGCCUGUGAGCAUUGACUGUGAGCUGCAGCUCCUUAUCACUACUCCAGCACAAGAGAGUAUUGUACUGCCUAUCACUAGCCUGGAAAAAGAUUGAAAUCCAAAAUUCAAAGUACAGCUUCUACUGAGUUGGACAGCAUUUGGACUUGGAAUGAAACAAUAAGAGGUUACAUUCAUGGAUAACCAACAAGAUAAGGCUAUUGCUGCCUCAACCAACGGGGAAAACACUCUGAUUAAUGGGGUCAAAGAAAAUGACUCAGAGGACCAGGAUGUGGCAAUGAAGUCAUUUGCAGCUCUAGAAGCUGCUGCACCAAUCCAGCCUAUGCCAGUGGUACCAAAAGAGACCCUGAUGUAUCCCAGGGGUCUCUUGCCUCUGCCCUCCAAGAAGCCCUGUAUGCAGAGCCCUCCCUCUCCUUUGGGCCUCAUUGAAACACCUGAGCACGCUGCUAAUAGUGCUUCUGUGAAUGCCAUUUCCCUAACAUCUGGUGUUGCAAAGGGCCUGAACACAUGGUCCCUACCCAACGAGUGUGAGAAAGCUCCAUUUGCCAUAAUGGAGCCUGCAGGCAUGUCAGCUCUGAAUGGGGACUGCCUAAUGCAGCCAAGCCGGACUUGCUUGGGCUGCUUCAUGGAAUCCAAGGAUGCAGUAGAUCCUGAGCCAGGAAUCAGCCUGAAAGUCAGUGAUCUAAAUAGGGAUUAUGAAACAUGUGCAGUUUCUGAUAUAGGGAUUCAAUGUAUUAAUGCUGGAGAAAACAUGAAAUAUGGAGAGCAGCUCCUCUCAGACCAGCUCCUGGGCUUCCCCCUGCAUAAAUCAAGGGCAGGAGAUAGACGAGAAGCUGAGAAACCUGACAUCGACCUGGAAGAUCCAGCUCAGAAAAGUUAUUAUGAGGCAUUACUGUUGGAUAAGUGUAAUACAGAAGAAGCUUUGCUUGCAAAUUCCAAUCAGGAUUGGGGUUACUUUGAGACUUUCAUUAGUGAGAGUAAGAUUGAACUGCUUGACCUCUGUUCCAAGAAUGAGCUUUCUGUCAAUCUAUUCUCUGAAGAAGAUGUGGAUAAUUACAUGUUUGAUGAUGAUGAGUCCACACUGGGCAGUGAUGUCUGCUCUCUGAAAAUUCGAUAUGAGUCUUUUCAGGACAAUGUUCGAGACAAGACCACCCUUCUGAUGCAGGAGGAUGCCCAAUUCAACUUUUUCCCCAGUGUCUUUACUACCUGCCCCAAGCGGGAGUCUAAGAAUGGGGCUUUGAAGCAGAGCAGCGAUCUUUCACAAUUCAAAAUCCCUGACGUGAGCAUCAUCUGGGGGGAGGAAGAGAAAAACCUGGACAAGAAGAAAGGCAAAGAGGAAGGGCAGGAAGACAAAGGUAUAGAGAAAAAAGAUGGAAAGGAUAAUGGAGAAAAAUCUGCCUUAAAUAAACCAUGCAGUGGGAGUGAGGUAGGGCAAUUUAAGAAUCCAAAGCAGGGCCAUAUUGCUGAUUCCUUGGAGACAUCAGGGAACUUCAGUGAUGACAGUUCCUUCAUUGAGGUCUCAUAUGAUGCCAUGGGAGAGAUCAAGGACUGUAGCCGCUAUAUGGCUCGGGACACUAAUUCUAGCAACUCCUCCUCCCAGCAGAACUAUGGAUUACGAGCCAAGAGAAAAGUCAGAUACAGUGAAGAUUAUCUAUAUGAUGUUGACUCAUUAGAAGGUGAAAAGGUAAAUGAGAGGAAAGAAUGGCUGCCAGGUGGUUCCAAAGAGGAAGAUGAUGAUGAAUGGUGUCCCAAAAAGAGAAGAAAAGUAACGCGUAAGGAGCCCCCUGUUAUUAUCAAAUACAUUAUCAUCAAUCGCUUUAAAGGUGAGAAGAACAUGCUGGUGAAGUUGGGCAAGGUGGAUGCCAGUGAGACAACAGUGAAUUUGAGUGAGAAUAAGCUCAACAAAUAUGCCAAGCUGGCACCCUUAAAAGGAUUCUGGCAGAAGAAGAAGAAGCAGAGAAACAACAUAGACUCCAUCAAGAUACCCUUAUGCCAAAAGCAAAGCUUUGAACCAGGUAGCUGUGAGGUGUCAUUCCUGCCACCUGCUCGCAAACGAAAAUCUAAACUUGGCAACAGGCAUAGAAUUCAAAGGAUCUCAUCCAUGGAAUCUUCAGCAAGUAAUAAGCAGGUUUCAUUCUGCAAUGAUCAGAGGCAAACUAGCAAUCGUAAAGAAGAGGGAGGCCUAAAAUUUACACUAAAGUCAGCCCCUCUGGCUGCUCCCAGCUGUGCAAAUGGACCACAUUUAAAUGAAAUCACAGGCCCUGACUCAGUGAAAGUCAAAGCCCAAGACACAGAGUUGAGGGGGCCAGAGAGGAAAGUGCUCAACAAAAUCAAAUUUAAAAGUGAAGCUAGAUUAAAAUCCAAGAAAAUUAAAGCUGGGCAAGAAAGCAAGCCAGUAGUCCAAACAAGCCCUCUCUUGGAAGAACAACCCUCUGAGGCUAAUUUAAAGAAUGAAGUUAUUUCUGGAACCUCAAACAGUUCCCACAUACCUGAAUUUCAUGAGGCAAAGGUUGCUAAGAAUUCUACUUUCCUGCCAACCACUUGCUCUUCUGAAAUGCCUCUGUCAUCAGCUAAUGUUGCCACCAAUAUACCUGUUAUCCCUGGAGGUUAUCUGCAGACAUUGUUAGAUGCUUCUGACUUGUCAAAUAACACUAAUAUCACAUACUUUACUCACCAUUCUCCAGAGCAGAAUAAAGGCAGCCCAACUCAAACAGAAAAGUCAUUUGUACCUCUCCAGCCUGCCCAGGACUGUGUGCUUUCCUCAUCCUCUGACUCUGAGAUGCAGCAGUCAUCUCAGAACUUCAAAAUGGAGUCAAGCAGCUAUGGAAAUGAGUGGCCCAACAAAAGUGCUUCUGGUCCACAGGAAUUCUUACCAGAAGUCUCAAGAGAUAUAGCUCCAACCCAAUCCAGUGAAUUUGGGGCCUCCCAAGUAGUCCCCAUGGAAAAUAACCUCACAGCUACAACAUACAAUCCAAUCUGCCUCAGUAGUGGUGGAAAUAGUUGCAACAAGGUCCUGUAUGCCUCAGUGCAAGACACCCAAAUCCCAUCUGAUGACACUUAUCAAUUAUGUCACUUUAAUAAUGGAGAGAUCUGCUUUCCUUUCCAGCAGAGCCCACUCAAUACUGAUGAUGGUCGGCUCUUUAGCUUUGAUUCAAUGGCCCCACUCUCUAUCAGCUCAAGCAAUUAUUGCUCCUUAAGCUUGAAGUCCUGUGAAAAGGAAGGGGAUGAUGAUAUCACUGAUGACUUCCUGGCCCAUUGCAGCCCCAAGCUGGUGAUCCAGCAGAGCAUUGAUGAGAUAGCACCACUAAAGGAGUCCACUGAUCUCCUGGAUAUCUCCAACUUCACUCCCGACAAGUUCCGCCACUCUUCUCUCUCAGAGGUGUCUCCACCUGACACUCCCAGUCUUUCUCCUCAAAUUACCAGAUGUGAAGGUAUCAAGACAUUGGGAGCACUUAAGGGGUUCCAAGAGGCUGUCCCAGGAUCAUUGGGCAGCAUGGAGAAGAUCAAGUGGGACUGUAAUACUCUUUCACAGCAGAAUCAAGCCGAUGAUGGAUUUACCUUAAAUAACCAUCAAUUUCAGUUCCAUAUGUUCAAUGAUGAGGAUUCUGUCAGCCUGCUCCCAAAAAACCCUUGCCUGUCAACAUUUAAUGACCCAUCUGGUCAAAUUAGCACCAACAACAAAGUCUCAAAAUCAAGAAAGAAAAGUUCACCUGGCAAGAGUGGGGCUCUGAACCAAAGCUCUUCUCAGAAAAACACCAGGAAAAAAUCUCCCAAAGCCAACAACAAAGGGACUGAAAAGUCACCUGGGAAAACCUCCCGCCAGAUCCCCAAGUCCACAAAGAAAGGAAAAUACAUGGCUGCCAUCAAUGGAGAGAAAAUGCAAAUUGGCAUUGGUCGUGGGGGAGGCCAAACCAACAGCAUGUCCUCUACUGGGAAGACAUUGACCGAAUGUAUCCAACACAGUGGCCCUAUGGCCUCUCUGAAGAUGCCAAGUCACAAGGGACUUUCUGGAGACUGGGCUUUAGGGAAGGAGAGUGGCCCAGGCUGGAAUGACAUGAACAUGGGCACCAACAGCAACACCCUCCUGGAUGAUGACCAAAGGGAAUUUCAGGAACCUUCCUAUAUCUUGUCUAACAUUGCCUCUGGUAUGGCAGAUGUGCAGAGAUUCAUGAUGGCCUCUAUAGAGCCCCUUUGGGAACCCAUGGAACACCAUGGGGACCCCAACACAUUCUACUCUCCUGAGUCCAAUAGUCUAAAGUUAAAAACCCUGAAAAUAUUGGCUGGGACACCACAGGAGACUAAGAAAAAAAUCAACAGUGGGUCCCCAGGAGCCACUAAGAAUCACAGGUCAAUCAAGGGUGUGAACAAAAGCAAUGGGAAAGCAGCAAUAGGUGAUCCUGGUCAUACAGACAUGCCUGGUUAUAACGAGGACUCUCACUCUGCCUUCUUUGAUAAAAAGUAUAGUAACAUGAGCACUUUAGGCAAUAACGGACCAACACACAAAAAAUUAUAUCGUCACAAAUCCAGCUCCAAGGCCCUGAGAGAUGAGAAGUGUAAGGGAAAGCGCAUGGAGCGAGAACAGGUCCACAAGGAUGAGGCUGGGACAGCUUCUUUUGAAAAACUGAGGUAAUACUGCACCAAAAUGGCUGAGAUGAUGCGCCCUUAGCUUUCCUACUACCUGCUAAGCCCGCAGUCCCUCAUUUUUUUCCUCUUGAAAGCAAACAUUUGCAUGAAAGAAACUGUCCCAUUCCUUUCUUUUUCAAAUUAAAAAGAAAAGAAAAAAAGUGCAUGGAAAUCCCUAUAUCUUUGAGCCACCCAAAGGAUUGGGCAGUUUUGCUGUGGCUUGUUCAGGGAUAAGCUCUAACAAAGCUACUUUUUCUUCUGCUAUUCAGCAUUAGUUUUUACUUACUAAGAACACAGAACUAAAAUAUGCUCAUCCUGAAUGAUUUUGGGAAGGGAAAGGCUUUGCAGUAUAACAUAUUUGGAACAACAGAAUUAAAAAGUAAUGUAGACAAAAAGCCAAGAUCAUUUAAAUGAAAAGAGCAUUAGUCGGAAGACCAAAUCUCAACAUGUGGCAAUUAGAAGUACUUUCUAGUGCCCCCUCUAUUUGUAUCUUUUUUCUGCAUCAUACAGCAGCUAGUAUGAUGCUAACAAAUUUAUAUUGUAUGACCCUUUGUGGGACAUACACUAAAACUAAGAUGGCAUAAAUUGUUUGAUUUUUCUGCAGGGAUUCCAACUAUAAUCUCUUAAAAGCAGAAACAGCAUUUUGGGUUUUACCUGUGUUUGAAGAGACUCACGUUUUCCAGAAAGACACUUGAUGUUUGUAUUUUAUUUCUUUCAAAAUAUGCCUUGUGGUAUGUAUGUUGACAUGUAAGUGCUUAAAGAAAAGAAUUUUGAAUUGUGGGAAUAAGUCUUUGGAAGCAAACUUUAAUCUGAUGUUCUAUGUAAAAGACUUAAAAAGUCAUACAGUUGCACAAGUAGUUUAUGCACUAUUUACCCACAAGGAAAAAAUGGAAAAGAUUGUGCCAAACUACAAACAAGUGACUGUACUGUAUAUAUUUUUACUUCUGUAUCAACAUUUGGUUGUGAGUAUUUGGGGCACUUGUCCCUGUUAAUUUACUAGAAACAUUCCAGUGAUUCUUGCUAUUAACCACCCCCACUUAUGUGGAUAGCACCUGUAGAU